CCCGCACUCCACCUCAUUCCUCAGGCCGGGCCUCCCACUACCCUCGCACAAGAGCGGUCACUCUGUGUAAACCUCAGGCCCUGCCCGCCGUGUUCUCCUCCUUCCAGCUUCCUUUCCUCUCAGCUUCACGAGGCCAGCUCGACAUCUCCCCUCGUCCCUCGUCCACUCGGUUCUUUGAGAGGACAAUCUGAUUCCACGAGGCUGACCAUCUCACCAUUGUUGACCAUGGCGGGCAAUAUCGGCUUGACGGGCGAAGAGCUAAGAUACGACCUCGACCAAACCAAUCCAUAUUACCGAAGUCAAGCAUGGACUGUACCCAUGGACCAAGUGACGGACCAGAGACCAGAUCCACGCAGAAACAUCACUCCGAUCGAAACACACAGUAAUGGUCUGAGACAGACUACGAUGGCAGAACAUCCUAUGAUGGAGACUUGGAGAUUUGAACAGGCACAGCAAGUCAUGGAUUUCACGGCGCAGCAGACACAGUAUGAGCUUCAGUAUAAUGCUCAAUUUCACAAUCUCCCUCUCCAUCCUUCGCAAAUGGCUAUGAUGCCUCCUUCGCAAACCCCAAUCUCCUCGGGCGUUCCACUGGAAGCUUCAUACAUACCUCUUGAACAAGGCAUCGAUGGGAUGCCUCAGAACUGGCAGGAGUUUCACGCAGAGUUGAUUCAGUAUCAUACCACCGAUGUCGGCCUGGCUGUUUCUCCAUAUCACCAAUUGACCAGUUCACCUACGGGUUCCCACCUCGAAGUUUUGUCCCAGCCCAGUUCUGCCGAUGACAGCAGUUGGACCAUGAUUGAUGCUCAACGCCAUCUUGAAUCGUAUGACGGCCAAUUUUUCGUCGACCCAAAUCAGACACUCCACAACCGAACCCUGUCCGAGUCAUCGUACUCGGACCUCGAACAAGGUCAUGGGUUCAUGUCCAACCUCGAUAUGAGCUCUUCCCACGCCGUGUACUCGCCAACCAGCUUCUCAGACAGUGAUUUUGAGUGCGCCCACGGACACGGACACGGACAUAGCCAUAGCUACAGCCAUGACCACAUUACCACCGCCGACCACACUUCGACGAUUGCCACCAGCACAACCUCCAAUGCAUUGGUCCACCCCAUCCCUAUUCCGCCAGCCAAGCUAUCCACAUCGACGGCUCGGUCUCCCAGUUCUACAGGAUCGGCAGGUUCGCCUGGUCGAAAGGGUUCGAGAAAGAGCCCGAUCGCGGCGAAGGCGACAGACAAGAUUGUCAAGAAGACGGCGACAGUGGCCAGAGCGGAAGGCGAGAAACGGAUCGGCCGACGGAAGGGUCCACUGAGGCCAGAGCAGCGCAAGCAAGCAAGCGAAAUCCGAAAAUUGAGGGCAUGCUUACGAUGCAAAUUCCUCAAAAAGACGUGCGACAAGGGCGAACCUUGUGCGGGAUGCCAACCCUCGCACGCUCGUUUGUGGCAAGUUCCUUGCACUCGUAUUGACAUCAAGGAGAUUGGUUACUUCCUCAAGGAUUGGAAAUUCGACUAUGAGCGACACAUCUCUCUGGGCUUCUCGGUCGGCAAUAUCAAAGGAUUCUCGGAUACGGAAAAGACCCUGUUCAUCACCCAUGGCUAUGGACACAUGCUUCCAGUCACUGCUCGAGAGGUUUAUGUGCGUGAUGAUUCCUGCUUGAAGAUGGAUUGGAUCGAGGCCCAUGACCAGUCACCCGAGGGUUACGAAGUAUGCACCGCCAAACUGUCUGCUGGAAUGGAGGGGAUAUCAACGACCAUGCUGAGCGACUAUCUCGACCGACACAUUGACGGGACGGGCACAUUUGAGAAGUUUGUCGAUGAAUACUUUGAAGGGACACCUUUCCUGUCGCAAAUGCUAAAGACGGCAUAUCGCUUCUACUUCAAGACAGGAUCGACCAUCAUCAAAAAGGCCCUCAAACUUAUGUUGGCAUACAACUUAACAUUACACGUGACCAUGGUUGAAGGCGUACCAGUGGAAGAUAACCUAAAGGGCAAGAUUGAAGAGGAGACGUCCAAAUUCUUUGGCAAAACCAUGGCACCUGUGAUGAUCAACUUCCAGAUCAAAUGUGCCAUGGCUGACAUGUGGCGCGAGCUCCACAAGGAUGUGCUCGAAGAGCUGUCGAGCCUAUACUCAAGUGUGUACAGCGGGGACAAGCUCAAGAACUGGCCCACCAUCUUCAUCCUUGCGUCGGUGCUUCUGGCGGUUUGGGAGUGCAUGCAAUUCGACUGCCACUAUCGUGUCCCCGACUCUGCUGCAGUUGAUAAGUUCUGCACUGACAUGGAGACGACGCCCGUGGGUGUGGUUGUGGGACUUUUCCAAGCCAUCUCUCAGAAGCUUCCAUCUUUCCUUGAAUGGGACACGUCGAAACACCACACCUUGCUGGCAUCCAACGCUGAUGUGUGCAGCACCAUGACCGAAGUUCGCGAAAACGUGACAAGAUAUGAAAAUUAUCUCCGCGGGCGCCCGAAUGCCAAGUUUGAACGCAAAGAUUUUGAUUCAUUGUCGAACAAGUUUUUGGCCAAGCUGGUGAUCCGAGCCAACUAAACGAUGACGAUUGACGAGAGCCAUGAUGACCCUGACGGCAGAUCUAACGCUCGAUUCAUGUCUUAACGAUAGCGUAUUUGACCAUUUGAUUGAUUGGAUUUGAUGCUUGACGACGCUCGGCCGGAUGAAUGAUGACCUUGUACGGAGCUAUGACUCUGAUUAUUUAUAGCAUGACGCUGCAACUCUCUGAGAAACUUUCCUUAUACAUUGAGGUGGUGGGUUGGUAUGUUUCAUGUGUUGGUGGGGUGGAGGGUAGAGGCAUCUACGGGGAUUGGGAUUAGGUCAGGUGGUGAGGCUCGAACUGGGGUUUGGACAUGUGAGCAUUGGGAAUUUACUGUCUGAGCAAGUGGGCAAGACCCCUGGAGGCGGCGUUGACCAACCCAAGGAGAUGAAGCAUUCCAAGGAGAAGUUGAAGCCUCAACAGGUGAAUACCUAGGGUUGAGUUCACUCCUCGUGUCUCGGCUCUGACGUGAACCGCAGACUUUCGUACUCGAUCUCCCAUAUUUACAGAUCAAGAUAGAGAGCUGUGAGAAUCAAAAGCAAUUUGUUGCUCCUAC